CGUCGAUGUAUCAUUUGAACCCCCACGUCCCCUCAGCCUCGCUACUCUCUCUCACCCUUGCGCGGCCAACAACCGCUCCCGUGGACGCGGCAAGGCAGGGCCGGGCCUCUGCACACGGCAGCCGGCCAGCUGCAGCCGCUAGUUGUGGCCAUUGCGGCGGCCAGCCCCGCCCCCAGCCAACCUUGGCCCUCCGGUGAGCUUCCCUCCAUGUCCUGGCCGCUCGGUCGUUCGCCGCACCGAUCGCCCAGGAAGAUCUACGCUGCUCUCGUCGUUGCCGAGGUUAGUGGCCGGAUUGCGAUCUGUUCCUGAGCUUCGAGGGAUCGACGAUCAAGAUAUGGUGAACCACUGGUCCCGAAAUUAAGCUCUUCGAUUUCUACAAGGCUGAAGAUCCUGAGCAUCUGUUUCGUGAAGAUUAUCCCUGCACUAGUUCGAGUUGGAGAAGACGAACUUCCACCGUCUUGGGACCCUAUAUCCUCUCCUCUAGUUAACAUGCUUGGAAGGGGGUCUCCAAGGUUAAACAUGCUUGGAAGGGGGUCUCCAAGAUUUAACAUGCUCUUAUCUAAAGAUGCACAAAAGAAAAAAUUCUCCUAUAGCUAUUGUUUCAAAAACACAUGGAGGCUCUCCGAAAGGGAAAACAAGAGCAAAUUAGAAUUCUAUGUUAGAGAAGACCCUUGUUGACUUGUUACAUGAACACAAUACUCCUGAAUAUAAGGGUAACAAUGGUUGGACACCCGACGCAUGGAACAAGAUUGCCAAGGAAUUUCAAGAGAGGGAAAGAUAUGUAGGUUUCUCAAAAGUUCAAAUCCAAGAAAAGGAAGAGGAGUUAAAGAUAGAUUACAUGAUGUUGAAAGAUGCGAGGAAACAAAGCAGAGUUUCUUUGGAUGAGAAAAGGUGUAUGAUUCAAGCUGAUCCACCGAUAUGGGACAACAUAAUCAAAUCAUUUCCAAGGGCUAAAAAAUUCCGCAACAAAUCUUUUCCUCUGUUUGAAGCUUUGGGAGAGCUACAUGAUGGUAAUACUGCUGAAGGGACCUACAACUUCACUUCUACUCAACCAAAUGGUCCAGAUCUCACACAAAUUGGGUCUAGAGAUGUUCCUAUCAAUGUAGAAGACCGUGAAGAUGUGGGAGACCCUUUGGCAGAUCACAGACAAAAUGAAGUAGAAGACAGAGUGUAUGAAGUUGAAGUGGUUGAUGUAAAUGCUGAUAAGCAGGAUGAAAGGUCAAAAAGGACUUCUACUAUUUCAAGGAAUGAAGAAGAAAAAGGACCAAAGAGGCCGAAGAAGUGUUCCAACAUAGAAGUAUUGAUGGAGAGGUAUCUAGACAUUAGAAGCAAACAAGCUGAAGAUGAAGCGACACAGUUGGCAAGAGAAAGGGAGGCAAGAGGAGGUGAUGAUUUCUCAAUUAAGAAUUGCAUAGCAGUUCUAAACACAUUGGAAGUCACAAAAGAGGAGAAGGUCAAAGCAUAUAAGGUGUUCAAGGACCCUGACAAUCGACAGAUAUUCUUGAGUGCAUGCAAUGAUGAUAGAGAGGCUGCAUUGACGUGGUUGAGAGAUGAGAUGGCUUAGUAGGUAUACCUAAGGUUAACUACGUACUUGAUUUUACAUACCUUGCAUUAUUUCAUAUUUUAAAUCAGCAAACAGUAUGUUGCUAGUUCUUAGUUUAUCUAAUUUGCUUGUGGACUUUACAAUGAUAUAUUCAAAGUCUGUAAAUUAGUU